AUGGCGGCGUCGAGCUCGGACGACAUACUACCUGGGGAAGUGCCCGAGGAGGCCUUGCAAGCGGCGGCUGCGGAGGUGAAAGCCUUCACGCCAUCCUGCACGGACCCACAGUCUGGAGGGCAGCGAGGGGAGACGUGUGGAGCCGGGGAGCUUCGCGAAACGGCAGAUGCUGGGGAGUGCAGUGCUGCGGGCAUGCCAGAAACCUCAGAAACCAAGAAUCAGGAACCCGUGGCAUCAGUCACGGGGGCUGAUGCUCCGCCAGUGGGGCAAGGCUUCUGCAGCUUCUGCACUUCUGCUUUUGCCUGCGUGAAGCGGGCCAAGAAGCGGUACCAUCCGCAUGCCACAGCUGCAGGCAUGACGCUCGUGUACACCUUCUUUUCUCUCAGCUUCAUCUUUACCAUUACAAACAUCGAGCCCUACAGCUUCCAGCCGUGCAACGACCCUUCUGCGGCCGGCUGCCUGUAUAUGAAGUUUUUUUCUGCAGGCAAUGUUACAACAACAGCCGGAUACUUUGCGAGUGUUUUGAACGGCCAGGAGGACAUUGUGACGGGCUUCGGGUGGCAGUUCUCAAACAGGGAAGAAGUUGAGUCUCAGGUAUUUGAAGGGGUCUGGGGCUCCUGGAAGAAGGACACAGUAAUUCUGCGAAGCGUGCUCUCGAACUUCUUUGCUGAAGCAAGUACUGUCUCGGUGCAUCAGCCACCUGCGCGUUGCCUGAAUAUGACAGCUGAUGAGAUGCGCGAGUACUGCACCAGAAUCGAGGUGAAGGAGGGAACCCAGAAUCACCUCCGUGGUCCUGGCCGAGAUGUUUUCGUUUUCUUCACUGCCCUGUGGUGCAUUUCCAGUAUUGCUCAUGACUUUCUAGUUCUUGAGAAGAGGAGGCAGCCAGCUGCAUUCUUAUCCAUUGUCGCAAUAGCAACCCAACUGACAGCUGCUUCAACAGCUGCAUACUGGGCUCUUGGUAGCACAUCUGUGUUUAUUUCCCCCCACCAAAGUGAAGAUUGUGCGUGCUUUUACCAAAUGCCCGCCGUCCAAGCCCUGCUCACGCUGGUCAGCCCCAUGCUGCUGCUGAAGGGCAGUUUCGAAGAGGCGCGCCAUUGCCUGCGUGGGUUUGUGUACGGGGACUUCCUGCACUUCCAGCGUUACCGGAUCCCACACCAUGUGGAGCAAUCAAGCAGCUCGUGGCUGUCUGGCCACCUGAUGGUGUGGAGAGAUGCCGUUGCGCCACAAGACCGCAUGCAUCCGCAUGUGUAUGCCAAGAUUUGUCUUGCAUGGUGCCCGAUUCUCAUUGUUGCGGAAGGUGCUAUCUUGUUGCUCAUCGCUCCGCUGGCUCCGAGCAGCAUCGUGAGAGCAGAGGAGGUCGUCGUCAAGUUCUUGAGUGCUGCUGACAGCCAGAUGGAGCACGUGCUGUACACCAUCCUGGACUGGAUCCUCUUUUUCACAUCUUGGACCAGCCUUCUUCCCGCUUUUUGUAGCGCCGGGUGGGCCUUCGGGUGGCGCUUUCGUUGGCGGCCUUUGGGUGCGGUCACGGAUGCGGUCUGGCAGAUUCGGAUGGCCUUGGUCUUCUUCCUGGCAGCAGGGGCUGAGCUGCGGGCAGUUGGACAAUAUACUGGGGCAGUGUUUUUGGCUUUUGUUGGCCUCUUCUGGUAUACCCUGGCCGAGUUUCAUGCCGUCCUAGCCUUAGGAGGAUCUCAAAAAAAGACUCGGGGCCUCUCCCGAGCAGUUCCUGAAGCUUUGGAAGCGCACCCCGACGUGGUGCACUCCUUUCCAGAGCUGCAGGAGCUGCUGGACAUUGCCCAAGAGCACCUGGCCUCAAGUGGCUCUCGGUUGGAGAACCGCUUGGCGAAGGUCAAGAAGGUGGAUGAGCAAGGGGACGAGGUGGAUGAGCAAGGGGACAAGGAGAAAGAACAGGAGGACGACGAGGAGAAGCAGAAAACAGACGACAUCGAGAAGGAACGCGACGCGAAGGUGAAAGAGAUCAUGAAAGAGUGGGAAGCACAUGUGGAGCGCAUUUGGUUCUUCAAACGGCGCUUUGCUUGGAACACCACCCCAAAGGGAGGAGGUCUGCAGCCAGAGGCGGAGCCGAGGUGGCCCAUCUCCACCUUCGAUGCCGAGUUGCUGGAUGAUCUUCUCUGGCAACCAACCAGGCAGUUCGUCUUGGUGGCCUUGAGAGGUGUAGCCCAGGUGUGUCCUCCUGGCCACUGGUGUACAUCCAUCGCUUCCCCUGGUCAAGACGGUUGCGCAUUGGAGCUCUCACCCAUUUGCAUCCGAAAUGGCGAGCUCCAGGCAUUCCACCCGAACAUUGAUUGUCUCCAGCGUGUGGACUACCCCGGCAUGAUCAAGGCAGGAGAGAGUGAGACGGAGGCAGAGGCCAUGAUUCUGCCGGUGACCCUUCGACUCAGGUUCACGGAGGGCAUGACGCAUCUGGCAGGUCUUUGGCAACAUUACACACCGCAUUUUGCGUUACUGGCUGGUGCGCCUCUGCCAAACGAAGCAUCGGCCUUUCUACUUGCAAACUCUGCUGCACAAAACAGACCUUCCUUCAUGCUUUUAUGGACGGAUGACUUGGAGUGCGAUGGCUGUAGGAGUCCCUGGCACAUGCUCCACUCUCUGGUGCCGGCUUUUGGGCAAUCCCACAUGGACCAGCGCUACGGCCUGCUGCAGCGGGCAGGGGAUUUUGACCUGCUUCUCGUGGACCAAGACUUGGACAAGGACAGGCACAUUUGGGAGAAGGUGCUGGGUGAUGGAGCCGUGGCCUUGCAAUCACGGCUCAUCAGCAAGAGGCCCUACAAGUUGCUCAAGGAAGUGGCAGGCAGCUGCUAUCGGCGAGUUGUUUGGGGCCAUGAACUGAUGCUUUAUUCUGGCGGUGGAUGGACGAAUCAGACGCAUAUGAAGACGUUCGUCGGUGCCGCGCGAGAGUUUGUUCAAUCGCCCAAGGCGAGCAAGUGCUUCGAAGACUCUUCGCUCGCACGUAGCGCAGAGAAGCGGCAGCGCCUGGGGGCGAUGGCGGGCGCCUUUCACUGCCAGCGGAGGAGCACUGACAGUGCUUUUGCCAGUCAUGGGCUUCUGUCCAGGAUUGACAAUUUUGACAGCGUGCAGAAGGAUCUCGUCAGCAGCCUGCACGUUGCCGAUCUUGCAGAGCUAUCCUGGCCAGACCAACUGCGCUUAGCAGCGCGAAUGAGGUUAAUGUUUGGAGCCCAUGGAGAUGGUCUCAGCUGGUCGGUCUUCAUGGGUGAGGGGUCAGUCAGGGUGCGCUUGAUAUGCCUCCAACGUGCACAGGCUUUGAUGGAAGCGGUGCCGGCUCGGGUUGAGGGUCAAGACAAGAACCCCUAUGGGAUCUUUGGCGGGAUCGCACGUUCGAUUCUCCCUUUGUUCCGUGCAUGUCUGCCCUACAAUGCAGGCAGCCGGUUUGCGGUCAGACGAGGUGAGUACCUGUCAAUUGCAGCUGCCUCCGUUGCGAACUCGUCAGCAAAAGGUUUGUUUCGGCAAGUCUUGGCACAUGAACAUGUGGUUCUCCUACUGAAGUUCCUGGAAGUUAAGCACUGGUAUCUUGGAUUAUCUUGGCCACAGUUUGAGAUCUUCUCCAGAAGUCGAUUCAUGGCCAAAGCCAUAGUGAAGAAGUUCCUUUCAAAGAAGGAGGGCUCUGUGCUGCGUGCGUGGUUUCAACGCCUGGACCCAGACUGUGAACGCCAAGUCUCCCAGCAACAGUUCUUGCGCUACCUUCGAGAAGCAAAGUAUCCGGAGGAUCCGGUGGCGCUCUUCGAGGGUCUGGAUGAAGAUGGUGGAGGUGAGCUGUCCCUUCAGGACCUCGACGAAGAGGAUGGCAACCUGUAUUGGAAUUUUCAGGAAUUCUGCGUGCUGAAGUUUCGCAAAGGAGUUGAGGAUUUCAUGCGGAACAUGGGCAGCUGCCAUGCCUGGGAGCAAGCAGAUGAUGUGAAAGUUUCUUUUUCGCAGUUUCGUCAAACGCUGCAGUCUCUGGGCUGGGAGGAGGGUCAUGAAGAUCGUCUCUUUGAUGCCCUCAGUGGCGAUCAGCAAUUUCUCGUUAAAGCGGACAUGAAAUGGCUCGACAUGGAGUGCCGAAGAGUUGCUCGAAAGGAAAAAGCUCGCUGGCUGGCACUCCAGGAUCAGCGGCUGAGGGAGAGGCGGAUGAAACAACGUGAUCCAAGUGAGACCCUGAAUGAAUUCAAGACUAUGCUGAAGCGGAAGUACGGUUCACUCAUCCGUGCCUGGCGCAGAGCUCUUUGCCAGAGAGACACCAUGACGCUGCAGAGAUCUCAGUUCUUGAAGGCAUGUUCAGAGAUGGGUUGGAGAAAGGACGUGCGGGGAAUGUGGCAGAAGAUGGACAAGGAUAGCAAUGGCUGCGUGACGCUGGAGGAGUUUGAUUAUGACAGUGCCCAGGUCUUGGCGCACUUCAGCAAGUUCGUGAUGGACAAUUUCAAGAGUUAUGAGGCGGCCUUUGUGGUUUUGGAUGCCGAUCGGAACAACUAUGUGCCGUUUGCAGAGUUCUCCGCCACGCUUGAGCGGCUGGGGUUCAAGCACUCGGCUGCUGAGCUCUUUGUGGCCCUGGACUCGCAAAACACGGGUCGAUUGUACCAGGAGGACCUGCGAUUCCUCGAGAAGUGGCGGCCUCGAGCCUUCCUUAUCGCAGAGCCAAAUGAGGAAGCCGCAGAACGGGUCAAAGCAAGGCUCCUGAAGAGACACGUGACAUUUCUACGUGCCUGGAAGACUGCUCUGGACAGAAGCAGCAACAACAAGUGCAGCUGGGAUGAGUUUCAAAGUGCCUGCAAAGAGAUGGGAUGGAACGAGGACGUACCAGGUGCAUGGUGUGCCCUCGACAAGAGGAAAGCUGGCAGCCUGACUCUCCAAGACAUUGAUCCCAGCGCGGGAGAAGCGCUCGUCUCCUUUCGUGAUUGGGCUGUUGAACAGUUCGGAAGCGUCAAGACCUGCUUCAUGGUGCUCGAUGACGAUGGGUCAAACGAAGUCACCUCCUUCGAGUUCAAGCAGGCAUGUCGUGCAUAUGGCUUCAGAGGGCCAGCCAAGUUGGCCUUCAAGGCCCUGGACACAAACGGACGUGGCGCACUAUGUACCGAUGAUGUUGCCUUCCUUGAUGAGUGGGCUGGUAGGCCCGGGAAGACGGAGGAAGAGCCCGAGGAGCCCGAGGAGCCCGAGGCAUCGCCUCGAGAAGCAUCCGGUCGCUUUCAGGCGGUGGGAGACUUGGUUCUGCAAUCAACGGAAAACAAGCAGUGGUCCAAAGGAGCUUUGCACCCCGCAUUCCGGCUCUGGGCCAAUAGCAAGCGAAAGAUCCCAGUCAGGACCUCAAAUGGAAAUCUGCCUCCACUGGUGUCUCAGGUCGACUUCGGUGACCCACACAUGGCAAAGAGGCGGCCUUUGCCAUCAAAUGCGUUGUUUGCAAACUUAACAGGGAAGUUGCAGGAAUUGCUGUACGAGCAUGAGGAGCGACUCAAGGCCCAUUUCGAGAAGUUGGUCGACCGACUGGUUUUGCAGCGAGCGCUGGGUGAUCCUGCAGAUGCAGCGCAGACACGCAGCCCGAUCAAUGCCAGGGCCGAACUACGACUCAGCAGCAAGAGCAAUAGAGGCUACCAAGCCAGGGUUCCCAACUACGUCAAGCAGCUGGUUGACGGGACGCUUACGAAGGCCGCACCUCUUGGAAACAAGUUGAAGACAGGAAGUUCAAUUAACAACAGUUGGGCUUCGGUUGAGCUUCCGGCGCGGCGCCUGAAGCAUUUCUGGCUGCUGUAUGACGCCAGCGUCAUGAUGUUGAUCUUUGUCUAUGCAUGCCUCAUGGGCGUCAACCUGCAGUGGACUAGCGUGACAGGCUCAGAACCAGAAUGGGCACAGCAUGCCGAGAUUGCAUUUUGCAUUGUGUUCUCACUGGACCUGAUGUGUCGCGUGGGCGUGGAGCGUCUGCUUUUCUUCUGUGGACAGAUGCGAUGGUGGAACAUGUUGGACACGGUGCUAGUGACCAUGAUGGUCAUCUCACAAGUCACUCAGCACCACGUGGUACAAAGCUUCUCUGGCUUGCGGACACUUCGGCUGCUGCGUGUGCUGCGCGUCAUGCGCCUGGCGAAAUACUUCGCAAAGUGGCCCCAAUUCCGGCAGCUCCGCAUUCUUGUCGCUUCCAUCGGUGAGAGCUUGAAGGUCAUGGUGUGGCUGGUCCUGCUUGCCUUCAGCAUCAUCUACAUAUUCAGCUUAGUACUCACAGAAGGAGUUUGGCCUUCUUGCCACGAAGCAGCGGGCCAGGAGUUGCUGUGCCAAAGGUUCGGCACCCUCAUGUCUUCUAUGAUGACCUUGUACCAGAUUCUAUACAGUGGUCUGCUUUGGGGCAUCUUGUGGGAUGCCAUGGAGCAUUGGGAUUGGUUCUUUCUGGCUGCUUUCUUGUUGUACGUGUCGUUCUCCAUGAUCAUUCUGGGAAACAUGAUGGCAAGCUUCCUGUACAGCCUGCAAAAGAAAGUGAGCAAGAAGGAAAAGGAAAAUUUGAUUCAAUCCGAGAUUGAGUCCAAAGAGGAAUUCUUGCAGCAAAUGAGCUCCGUGUUCCAAGAUUUCGAUCAGAAUGGCAAUGGCGCCAUAUCGUGGACGGAGUUUCAGAUAGCUUUGGAAGAUCAACGCAUGCACGCCUUCCUGUCGUCGCUGGAAUUAGACAUCUCAGAUGCGAUCGGCUUGUUUCAGGUCCUGGACUCAGACGGAACGGGCGCCAUCGAGCAUUCAGAGUUCCUGUUUGGAUGUUUGCGCCUGCGAGGAGGCGCAAAGGCCAUGGAUAUGGUAAGAGUUCAGAUGGAACAGGAAUGGAUGCACAGCGCAUUGAUAAAAAUGCGAGCAACGAUGCAGGACAUGCACAGGAUUGUGAGCCUAGGGGGCCGGAAGGUGUCCGACCCUUCAAUCAGGGUGGAUCACGUGAACAGUGAUGGAUCUGAGAACGAGCAAUCCGAGUGGGGAGUGACUUCCUUGGCCAUGCCAAAAAAGGCUGACAGCUCAGCUAUGCUGAACGUGGACUUUAGGACGCAGCUACCAGCCGAAGAAAGGGCGGUCACCUUGCAAGAGCUCAAGCGAAUUUCUUCCGAUGCAUUGCAGGGAAGCCGGUACGGAUGGGCUGACCAGCGGAGUGGUGAGCGGGUUCCUGCGGCUGAGUUGAACCUCUAUCAUCUCAGCUAUCAUCAUAUUCUGCCCAAGACUGUGCUGCCGGGUCAGCUGAUGCUGAAACUGGCAUGGCGUGCUUCUAGCAGUGUUCCAAGGAAGGGCCAGCAAGUGUGCCAAGCCGAUGCGCGUGCAGCUUUGCCUCGUGCAACAGCUUCCAUUGUGCGUGCUGAAGUGGCCGGGGACAGCAGCGAAACAGAUGCCACGCUAAUUCUGUACCUCCGCUUGACAAAGGGGCGUUUUACCACAAACCCGGAGGACGGAAACAUAUUUGUCGACGAAUCCGACUAUGGAAUACCGCAAGAAGUGGCUUCUCAGAAUUCCUUCUGCUACAAGGAACUCUUGUCGUCUGAUCCAUGUCGGCCAGACUGGUACUGUUCACACUGGUGGGGUGAGCCCAUUGUGUCGUUCGUAAACUGCUGCCAACGGCAUGCCCACCUACGACGAUUGGACGAUUGGGAAGCGACAUACUGGGUGUGUGGCUACGCAAAUCGGCAGCACGAGCUGGAGCUUGAGAUCGGAGCUGAUGACAUCACGGCAUCAUCCUUCUAUCACGCCCUGCAAGUUGCUAGCGGCUUGCUUCUCAUUCUUGACAAGGAGGCCAAACCAUUUUCCAGGAUUUGGUGUGACUACGAGUUGUAUGCUGCAAUCAUGGAUUCGGACAAGGAGCUUGACAUCGUCACCAUAGCUGCCAGCCACAAGCAAAAGCAAGCAUCGGCCCAGAUGCUGAGCAAGAACAUGCUGGCCGGUGAGUCUGCUGUGGCGAAGUCUGUGCGUGAGCAGAGCUUCCCUUUGUCCUUACUCCAGCAUGGUCUUCAGGUUUGUUUGGAGGAUGGUGAGGCAACGGUUGAGAAGGACAAGCAAACGAUUCUGUCGGCCAUGGCGAACCAUUCAGAUCUGACGAGUGAAGAGGGCCGGUGCCACUUGCAACAGAACCUCAAACGUGCAAAUGAUGCGUUGCACUCGACCUUUGCGAUUCUGGCAUGGCCUCAAGCAAUGCAAAGAGGACUGCUGCAGGACUUCAAGCAGGACCACUCGAAGAGGGAGGGCGACAAGGCCAAGCUCAAGCUCCCGGAGCUCUUGCUGGCGGACACCGGCAGGGAGAACCUGGAGCUUAGCCUCGCACACUUCCAGGACACUUGUGUGGACUCCACCAUGAAAAUCUUGGCUGGCGGCUUGCCACCAAACCUAAAGGAGCUGAGGCUCAGCUUUGAAGGUCUUCGAGUGAGUUGCACGGUGGUACAGGAUGAGGAACAGUUUCGCUUUUCUGCCCACGCUCGCUGGUGCCAGUCGACGCAGCUCAGGGCCAGAUUUGGCUCCCAGCUGAAGUUGCUGUACUUGGACUUCAUCGGGUGCAGCAAGCUCACCGACACUGGCUUGAUCGCACUUGCAUCCAGCUUGCCUGCUAACUUGGAGGACCUGGAGCUCCAUUUUGCAGGCUGCUCUGGCAUCAGCGCUGCUGGCGUCGCUUCGCUACGGGCAAAGCUGCCUCGAGCUCUGCAAUCUUUCAAUGCUACAUUCAAAGGCACAGGAACGGGAGGUUCGCAGAAGUUGCUGCAAAGCAGCAGCUUCGAUAUCCAGUUGGCUGUUUUGCGCACAGCAAACAGUGAAACACUUGAUGCUGGUUGCAGCAUCAACUGCAUGCAUCAAGGAUUUCCCACCAGAGACGAGGCACAGUGCCUGGAGGACAGUCUGGGUGAGCACGGUAGCGCAUUGACAGGUGCGCUCGGCAAGUACCGAUUGUGUGCGGCAGCGUGUACUUGGAACACGAACCACUGGCCCGUUGAAAGGAUAAAGAUGCAAGCAGGGCAUCCUCCGGUGAUUGCUGUGCAACGGAAGCCAAUAGAUGGAGUGGCCGAUGACAUUGAUCACCUGACUUUCCUAGGCACGGAGCUUGAAGACGCUGAAGAGGAAGCUAGCUACAGCGUCUCUGGGCCACGGGUGGUCCUCUGCACACCCCCGUCUUGGCCACAGCAAGCGCAGAGCAGUGUUGCAGAGCUUCGCUGCAGAAUUACCGCAGAGCAGACCAAGGCCCGCGCCUACACCGGAAGCUGCUGCUGUGCUCCCCUUAGCUGCAACUGCGUCAAAACGAACGCCAAUGCGCUCUUGAAAGCACCCCGCCCGCCCCCCUUCUUACCGGACCACACUGGUGCGGAUGGGGCUGGGGAUUGGAUUUGCGUGACGAAGAUGAGUGGCAAAGAACUGAAUGAGCUGUUUAUGGACGAGGAGAAGCGCUUGUUUGGCGAGGCAGGAGUUGGGCCGAAUUUCAAGGUUAGAUUUCGCUGGGCCGCAAGGGCUGUUCCGGCCUCCAAUCUUUUCGAGUCCCGCCCCUUAGCGGCCUUAGCGGCCGAGCGGAUCCCCCAGUACAAGGGCCACGUCCAUGUGCAGCCAGAGGACAGCGUGUCAGAAGGAGUGAAGGUGAAAGGAAAAUACCGGAAGGUCAUAGACGGCACGCCAUUUGAAUGCUAUGGGGCCCACGCAGCUUCUUAUCCCUUCUGCUACCUGACGGCGGCUUGUGCAAUAGGUGCUGAGAGGAAGGAGAUGGAAUGCUUUCUCGAGCGUUUCGAUGCCGCUGUUCAGGAUUACCGGAAUGGUGCCGGCAGAAAAGACAAGCUCGCUGGCAAGAGCAAGCCUUAG